CCGCGAGCGCCGCCCCGCGCCCGGCCCCGGCCCCGCCAUGCCGCCCGGGCCCGCCUGAGCGCGCACAGCCGGCGCCGGCCAUGGAGGGCGCGCGGGGGCCCCCCGCGCAGGGGGACCGGGCCCUGGGGGACGCGACGGGCCCCGAGGAGCCCGCCGCCGCGCCGCCCGGCGACGACUUGCUGCUGCUGCCGCUGCCGCCCGGGGAGGGCGAGGCGCCGAACUGUUCCCCGGAGGCGGAGAGCCCGGGCGCGGACCCGGCCCAGCCGGCCCAGGCUUCUCCUCCCGCCGAGGACGGCAAGCUCAAGCCUGGCGCGAAGCGGGUGACGUUUCCUUGCGACGAGGACAUCGUGUCGGGGGCCGUGGAGCCCAAGGACCCCUGGAGGCACGCUCAGAAUGUGACUGUUGAGGAAAUUAUCACUGCCUACAGACAAGCCUGUCAGAAAUUAAACUGCAAACAGAUACCCAAACUACUGAAGCAGAUACAGGAGCUUAAGGAUCUGGCUCCCAGGAUAGACUGCUUGGACCUCAAAGGAGAAAAACUAGACUACAAAGCCUGCGAGGCGCUGGAAGAGAUUUUCAAGCGGGUCCAGUUCAAAAUUGUUGAUUUGGAGCAAACAAACUUGGAUGAAGAUGGUGCCUCGGCGUUAUUUGACAUGAUUGAGUAUUAUGAGUCAGCAACGCACCUCAACAUCUCGUUUAACAAACACAUCGGCACCCGAGGCUGGCAGGCAGCCGCACACAUGAUGAGAAAGACCAACUGCCUGCAGUACCUGGAUGCUCGCAACACGCCUCUGCUGGAUCACUCAGCACCCUUCGUGGCUCGUGCUCUACGCAUCAGUAGCAGCCUGGUCGUGUUGCACUUGGAGAAUGCCAGCCUGUCUGGGCGCCCGCUCAUGUUACUAGCAACAGCUCUGAAAAUGAACAUGAACCUUCGGGAGCUGUACCUGGCUGAUAACAAACUGAAUGGCCUGCAGGAUUCUGCUCAGCUUGGCAAUCUGCUGAAGUUUAACUGCUACAUACAGAUACUGGACCUGCGGAACAACCACAUCCUGGACUCAGGUUUGGCGUACGUCUGUGAGGGGCUGAAGGAGCAGCGAAAAGGUCUGAUCACUCUGGUUUUGUGGAAUAACCAGCUGACUCACACCGGCAUGGCUUAUCUGGGGAUGACACUGCCCCACACGCAGAGCCUGGAGACCCUGAACCUCGGUCACAAUCCUAUUGGGAAUGAAGGGGUUCGCAAUCUGAAGAACGGACUCAUUGGAAACCGCUCCGUCCUGCGGCUGGGCUUGGCAUCCACCAAACUCACGUGUGAAGGUGCUGUGGCAGUAGCGGAAUUCAUCGCAGAGAGUCCCCGGCUCCUUCGACUAGACCUGCGAGAGAAUGAGAUUAAAACGGGAGGCCUGAUGGCGUUGUCCUUGGCCCUCAAGGUCAACCACUCACUGCUCAGACUGGACUUGGACAGGGAACCAAAGAAAGAAUCGGUGAAGAGCUUUAUUGAAACCCAGAAGGCUCUCUUAGCUGAAAUCCAGAACGGCUGCAAGCGCAACUUCAUUCUGGCCAAAGAGAAAGAGGAGAAAGAACAGAAAUUGCAGCAAUCGGCCUCUAUGCCAGAGAUUACCAUUACUGAGCCUGUCGAGGAGGGAUUGGUGACCAACUGUCAAUCUGACAGCACAUCACCCCCGCCGGAAGAGGGAGAAGAAGUUGCGGAGACGUUGAUGUCCAAAGAGAACGGGGAUACAGAUGAGGCCGCAAACAGCGACAAGGACGGAGUGACGUAUUCGGACUCUGACACAGACGAGGAGGUAGAGAUUGGGUUGGUGACUAAAGAGUUUAGUAAACCAGAGAGCCCAAAGGGUUCUGAUUACGUAGCUUACUCACCUCAACCGCCACUUUCUCCUGAGAAAACUGAGGAAACUCUUAGCUCAGGGGGCAGAGCGCCCCCUUCAAACACUGCAGAAGAAACACCAUGUGACCCCAAAGGUGUGGGGAGCAACCCAGGGACCCCAGCACACACUCAGUCUCAAGGGAACGAGAGGAGGAUUUCUGUUUCCAGCCCAGGCCGAGGCCAUAAGAUCUUCGUGGUGACACGGGUGGAAAGUCUGCCAGAAAAGCUGGGCGAGAACACUACAAGCCAGGAGAACCCGGUGAAACCUGCUAAGCCCAUAGCCCAGAUCCUGCUGGCAAAGACUGAGUUCUUGGACUCGCAAGCGAAUGGGACGGUUUCCAAGCUAGCAGCCAACUUGGAAAAUGCCGUGUUGUGCGGAAGCACUGGAGCCAGCUCAGAGCGGGUCUCCCCUGGGCAGUGUGAGAGCACUGUCCUGGACACCCUGCUUCCCAACGGGCUCAAGACAGAGUUUGUUCGUGCGCUACCAGAUGCAUCCUCCGGUGGCGACGGGAAAAUGGGGAGCUGUGCCGUGGAGCAUGAACUCAACUGCUCCAAGAAUGAGAAGGAGCUGGAGGAAUUGCUCCUAGAAGCGAGUCAGGAGACCGGGCAGGAGCCACUGUGACACUUUAGAUCCUCUGGGUCGUUCUGCGUUGAGCUGAGAUUGCCCUGGGAAAUGCCUGUGUAGCUUUAUUCCUUCCCCACUCCACGUGAUUAAGAAAAACCUUGCUCUGCAGCACAGAGGUUAUUUUUUUCCAAACCAUUGUGAUAUUUCCUGCCCUAGACACUCUCCCGCACUCUUGAUCCAUCUUUCCUGUGAGGAAGGGCUCUGAGACCUUCAGGGCAAUUUGGGAAGGGAAGGAGAGCAGAUAAGAAUCUGACCAAGAGCAAUUUCCUGGCUGGACUCCAACGUGAGCUGUGGCACUUGAUGCCAGUGGCACCUACGAUUUCAUUCUCUGACACUAUCCGACACUGUGCUUUUCUGUCUGUGUUCCUCUGGAAUCACCACUGUUCCUGAGAGGGGAGAGACCCACGAGUGGGCAGUGGAUAGGAAUAGCUUCCUUGGUCCCAUGGGAGACUUGCAACCCAGUGCCUUGUAGGUCAGGCCUGGGUUUGCUUUCCAUACACUAAAAGUGCCCCGUGUUUCUGAAGGACAGCUUGCAAGAACUGUCCUCUGGUUCACAUGGAAACCCAAAAGGGGAACCAUUGCACACGACAGCGUCCCCAAAAGAAAGGCACUGACAAGCUGUUGAGGAACUGGUAUUGCUAACCAGACUGUCCAAGACCGGCUGCAUUUGCAGCCAUGAUGGUUAUUUAUUUUAAAGUCCCUCUUUCCAUAUAUAUUUAUCAUGAGCUUGCAAAGUACUGAACAGGAUCUAAUGUAGACAACAGUGGCCGUCUCAGUCCAACCCACCACCUUUUUGGAACUCCUCCUAGGUUGGAAUGCUCUGCUAUCAAACACUGUCAAAAGUCCCCUCCCUUGCAAGACAUGUGCAGACCUCCACAGUGAGACAGCUCCUCUGUGCGCGUGCCCUUGCGGACCUACAUUUCAGGAAGCUCCCUGCCUCUGUGCUGGAAUUUUUGGAUGACAGUGACACCGAUAGGCAGAGUUGUUACCCUCAAGGAGCAUCAUCGGUGGGAAAGGAGUCACUGUGGUGCAGAGUAGUCCAACUUCUUGACUGUGAAACCUUCAAACAAAGGUAAAUGGGACCUUCUGCAAGGUUUUUCAAAGCCAUAUAGCACAGAGCUGUCAGUGCGAACAGGAGGGGAUGGGGAUGGACAUGCUCCAGAAGACAUGGUCUUCUCCUUUUGAAGACUCGCCCAGCAGUCUACUGUGGAGCAGGGGGCACCGGGGCAGAGCAGCAGCUGGAUCCGCUGUAGCGUGACACACUAAAGGAAUUGGGGGGUUGCCUCAUUCAAGUUUCUGCCCUCCCUCUGUGUGGGGCUUUGACCCGCAUGCCCUUGGCCAUGAGGAGGCUCCGGGGGAGAAUUGAGGUAACACGUAAACAAGAAUUUUACUUUUGGGACUAAGUAGCUUCUGUUAGCUGGUCAGCCAUCCCUUUGAUGCUGUAAAGCCUCACUUCAUUCAGAGAACCGCGCCUGCCCCUUGACCAAAGUCUUUCCUUUUGGAUAUGUUUUCAAUUCCUGCUGAAGCCCGCUGGGCUGUGCUCCAUCCCGUAGGCUGGCUGCCGGACCGUUUUGUCGCAGACUUACCGAGAGAGGUGCCUUUCCUUCACUCUUCAUGCCAAGGGAAGGAGUCAGGUUGUUUGGAAAAGGGGUUAAAUUUCUCAGGGAGGGGCUCUUGAGGCGUCCCAGGGCUCUCAUGAUCCUGCUGGGCAAACACGCUGGCACGGGGGAGUCUGGAACAUGCCCUGUCCCAUGGGACGCGGUGCUGGACAGGCUGGCACUCCGAAGUCGCUGCUGUGGUGGAAGCCGGGAUGUGAAGCACCUUGUCGUGUCUUAAUCCAGAUGAACGGAGAGUGCUUCCUGCUCCCCUUGCCAGGAAGAAGGGCCGGCGAGGGCCCAGCUGCUCUGAGGGGACACGGGUGGCAGGUAGCGGGCUUCACCAGAGCACAGCACAUACAAGAGGAACAAUCACAGAAGGGAAACAAUUAUGCAGUAAUUUUUUUUUAUUGUGUAGCAGGACAUGUUCGUACACAGUCUGCCUGACAUGCGCCAGGCAGGAUUGGACCACUGCUGUCCUUGCUAGCAAGGGGCCUGAGCAGGAUUGAAUAGCUCCUGCCUGCCUUGUUUGGGAUCCCUGAGGAACGGCAGCCUGCCCCCGUCGAGAGCAGGGAGCGCUGUUUCUGUCGGGCACCACCCUGCUGUGAAGAGAUCUCUGGCAGAGAUAACGGUACUAGUCUGUAACUUAACACACGAACUGACUGGAGGAGCAGCCUGCCGGGGGCUGCUGCUGGGGACAACUUAAGCUUCUUUUUCUUAAGUGCAAUAAAUCUAUCAGGGAGCUAUGAGGGCACUUCACUGCGUGGGAACCCAGGCUGAAGAGGCAGAACCGCGAGCUCUUCAUGCACUGAAACCGAAUCACAUUGGGAGCUUGCUGCAUUGACACUACGUACAGAAGAUGGUGAUUUGUUUGCUAACGUUCGUCAUGAUUCCUUUCUGUUGUGUAUUUUGUUCACACUUUUCUAUUAAAUGAGCGCUGCAUUCAUCACAGACUCCUCCAUCUAUUUGGUACCUGCCUCUCGUUUGCUGCCUCCAUGGCAGAGAAGAUGACGUGAGCUGUUGCAAGAGCCGAAGCAACACCCUUUCGUGGCACCUGUGCAGGUCUCUGGCUGUUGUGGGGAGGCAGAGGUGUCGAGGAGCGUGGCGGGGUGCCUGCGGGCUUGAGUACAAUGGCACAAUCGCUGUCUGAGCCCCCCUUCCACAAGAGCCCCAUUCAGAACCUUCCUGGGCUUCUGCUUGUUUUGACACACACAACCCUGCAAAGCAAACUGGCCAAGCGACGCCAAGCAGCAGAGUACCUGAUGACGGGACCCCUGCUACUCUGUCACUUGGACACUUCUGAAGCGUCCCACCUGGUGCCUGGCAGCAGGACAGUGCUCCUAGAGCGCCCCGGGGCUUUGGAAACCCUUCUCAUUGCUUCCAAGAAGCAAGUCCAUACCAAGGGAUUACUUGCAGGAGGGAGAUGCGGGAACAUCGCAGGUCCCACGGAUCUUCCCGACUGGGGGUGCUGACAAGGACCAGCUGUUCGACCACAGUCUCUAGGCUCUUGGUAACAGGCUAGGGCCUAAACAUCUUGGAACACAUUUCUGCCCCUCUCCCCUACUUAUGCUGCUCCUGACCUGGCUUCUCCCCCAGCAGGCACAGGGCCCGGCAGUGCUGGCAGCCUCCAGCUUGCUCCAGAAGGGCUGUGGCAAACCCUUCCAGCAGAAACCUCUUCGACCGCAUGCUGUGUGCACUGCCCUCACAGGUGGAGCUGGGCUUCCCAGUGCCUGUGCUGCUGUCCUAAGAAGAGGAGCGCCAGAGAGGCUGAAAGGCGAGGUCCCCUGGUGCAGGGCGGCUUGGCGGUGCCCUGCUGCUGUCAGACGUCCACCCCAGAGGCAAGUUGAACCUGCCAGUGAGGAGGCCGCAGCCCUCGACUGAACACUACUAUGGCUGUACAGCGAAGACACAGCCGUGAUACCGGACUAGUUCACACCCACUCCUCAGGAUUUCUGAAACCAGCCCAAGCACCUGACGGCAUGGAGCCAGCAGCUGGGGGCUCUCACUUCCUGCGUGUGGAAAACCAGGUGCGUCCAUUGAGUUGAAAAUGUCGUCCAGCAUCCGACCCAGUUAAUGACGUUGGACAGCUGGAUGCAGAUGCUCUUGCCCACAGGAGAUGCGAUGCAGGUCACAAGUGAGAAGCAGUCACCUACCAAGGUUUGGGCUGUCCUUGAAUGAAGCCGUGCCGUCAGCCAUUGCCCUUCAGGGGUAAUAGGAGUUCACCUGUACUUCUACAUAACACCAGCCCCUUUGUCUGUUCUCGUAGGAGACCUUUUGGAGCCGAGUCCGAACAUCCCUCAUGUUGCUUUGUCAUCUGCGUUCUUGUCUAGGGAACAUCCUGGAGGCAGCUCUCUGCUUCCUGGCAGCUGCCGGCCUGGACCCUGCGUGGUCACAUCCUUCUGUGGUGACUAGACAGGAAUCGCCCCACAGCCAGGGGCAGGGAAGCUUGAGCAUCUGCGCUGAGAUGGAACGAUGGUCUAAGCGCUCUCCCGGGUUCAUUGCCACGUGGAAGGUGACUGCUGUAGAAGAGGGCCUGGCUGUCCGUGCUUGAUGUGCGGGGGCAGUGCUGUAGCAACAGCCUGCAUGUUCCUUGGUGUCACCUCAAGAGCGUCUUGGAGGGCACGGACAAGACAGGUCUUCCAUGUCAUCUCAGGGCUGCCCUGAAAUCACAGCGGCAUCUUAGCUCCUGCGGGGUCUCUGAAACAGCAGCGCUGGCCCUGGGACAGCUGCUGGGCCUGUUGCUGGCCCUUGCCUGGCACCACCUCUUCAGUCCCUGGGCUAGUGCUUGAACCCAAGCAGGGCUUUGGGAAACCCAUGCCUCUUCCUGCAGGGAGCCGCUCCAAGAGGCUUCCAUCCAGGCACCAGUCCCCCCACCUGGCACUUGCCAUCCUGGUCAAAUCAUGGCCCUUGUCCGCAGCGAGGGUUGGUAGCAUGCCUGGUCUCUGAAGAUCAGCCCCUUUUAUUGGGGUGCUCCUCUUCCAAACUCCAGCUGUGAGACCACUGCAUGUGGGGUCCAGUCACCAUAAGGCCUGAGGGCUUUCUGCAGGGAUCCCAGGAGUACCGGCCACCUCCAGCUUGGGACUCCCACGCUCCAUCCGUCUUUGCGGGGUCUCGGUGGGGAAGGCACGUUGCAAUGAAUCUGCGAGAACCCAGGUGAAAACUAACGCAGGGCAGCACAGACCUCCAGAGACUUGCUAGGGCCCGUGUCUUGUGUCUACCCCCCACUCUUCAUUAAGGAAGAAUAGGGGAAUACAGUCUUCCUGCGUGCCACCACAGUGCACCGUACCAUGGACCGGCACCUUUCCAUAACCUGUCCUCCAGCGUGGAGUGCACCAGGGAUCGCAGGGUGGAGGGUGGCAGGUCAGUAACUGGCACGGCAGAGGGGAGCCGGGACCAGGAGCCAGUAGGGAAUAACCCUUCUCCUGCCCCACUGCCAAGCUGGGAGCAGUCGCGUUACCCUGCCUACGCUGGGGCAAAGCCUGGUUGCCCGGAUGUGCUCCCAGCGCCUUGCUGGUAGUGGUGUAGGUACCAGCAGACCGUGUGUGUCCAUUAUAACCUGCCUUGAACAGACUGUUGACAUCUGUCUCCUGGCACUUGGGGAUUAUGAGUUGAUAUAUCCCAUUUCUGUUGAUUGGGAAGGUGUGUCCGGGCCAGUACUUGCUCUGUUAUCAAACCCAAGAGGAUUUGGACGUGUGUUUUACGCAUUCAUGGACUUAUUGUAAUACUCUUGGUUUGAAAUAAAGGAUUUCCUAAUUUA